UGGGAGAUGUGUUCUUGCGUUAUUGCCGAGACUUCCGGGCCGUUGUUUCCCGGCCUCCCCAGCUCCGGAACUUCCGGCCGGCGCAGCCAUUUUGACUUCCUGACCUUGGGCUCUGGUGGGCGGCUGUCUGUGGUGUACUCCGUACCAUCAUGUCUGUCCUGACACCGCUGCUGCUGCGGGGCCUGACAGGCUCGGCCCGGCGGCUUCUGGUGCCGCGCGCCCAGGUCCAUUCGAUGCCGCCGGAGCAGAAGCUUGGGGUCCUGGAAUUGGCCAUUGGGUUUACCUCCUGCAUGGUGACCUUCCUCGGGCCUGCAGGCUGGAUCCUGUCACACCUGGAGAGCUACAAGAAGCGGGGGUGAAGGGGGCCGUUCUGGCCCUUACACCGUGACCUGACCAGCCCACCAGCCCAUCCUGGUCACGUUCCUGCAUUCUUGGCCGGCCUCCCCUGGAUCAUAUCGUUCAAUUCCAGUCACCUCUUACGCAAUCAUGACCUCUCGAUGUCUCCAUGGUGACCUCCUGGGACCACAAAUACUGACCCUGCUUGGUGGGGUCCCCGUUGUAACAAUAAAAUCUAUUUAAACCUUA